UUGUUUUACUGUUUUAGACAUAAUGUGUUUUAUAAAACUAGACUCAAUACCAGAACAGUGUUUAACAUCAGAUCUAAAUCCACUUCUACUUGCAUAUUUCCCUGCUGUGGGACUAGUAAAGGAUGAUCUUAUCUUAUCUAACUGAGCUGCACAGCUUCUAUCUUAUUGUGGUGACGUGUUGCAGCUGCAUGAUUUUACACCGAAAAACACAAUUUUGCAUUUAUAAUUUUCUUUCAUGAUUACAAGGGAAAAUGUUUUGUUGAGAGAUGAUCUGGUUGUGUUCGUGGCCCUUAAACCGGGUUCAGACUACAGGGUUGCAUGACACACACAUAAGGAGAAACUUCACAGAUGUUCUUCUCUGUGAUCUCACAACAAGAUUUGGAAAUAACGGUGCAUCACAGACACUACAGGAUAUUAAAUAAUAUCCUGGCACAAUAAAUUAAGAUUACCGUGCCAGAGGGAGAAAUGCACCAUUUAAUGUGAUCUCACUGGGAAGCAGUCUGGAUGAAAACAUGUUUGCGGAGACGUGGAUGAAGCGAACAACUUUCCUGCUGGUGUUUGGAGUCGUCCUGAGCUUCUGUCAGGCUCAGUCGGAGACGGGAGGCGAGGAGACGGGCGGGGAGGAGGAACAUGUGGAGCUCUUCACCACACCUGCGACAAAGAUGGGUGCCGCCGCCUCGGACUUUGGCUACAACCUGUUCCGCGCUCUGGCUAGCCGCAACACUGCGACCAACGUGUUCCUGUCCCCUAUCAGUGUGUCUGCGGUGCUGACGCAGCUGUCCAUGGGAGGGUCUGAGCGAGCUCAGAGGCAGCUGUUCAGGGCUCUGAGGUACCACACCCUGCAGGACCCUCAGCUCCACAACACCCUGAAAGACCUGCUGGCCUCAGUCAAGGCGCCCGGGAAAGGCCUGAGCACCGCCGCACGCAUCUACCUGGCACGACGACUUCGCCUGAAGCAGGACUUCUUCGGUCUCGUGGAGCAGCAGUACGGCGUUCGUCCCAAGGCUCUGACGGGUGGAGCCAAGGACCUGAAAGAAAUCAACGACUGGGUGUCUCAGGAGACGGGCGGGAAGGUGCAGCGCUUCCUGGCUAAGGCCCUCCCCCGAACCCCUGGAGUGAACACUGUGAGCGCCGCCUACUUUAAAGGGAAGUGGGUGACUCGGUUCGGUCAGAGUGGAACGUUGGAGAACUUCCGAGUGGACGGCAAAGCACCUGUCCGUGUUUCCAUGAUGCAACAGGAUAACUACCCUGUAAAGAUGGGAGUUGACUCAGAUUUGAGCUGCACGAUCGCUCAGAUCCAGAUGCAGGACUCUGUCAGCAUGUUUGUGUUCCUGCCCAAUGACGUGACCUCCAACAUGACCCUGGUGGAGGAGAGUCUGACCGCUGAGUUUGUGCAGGACCUGUCCAUGACGCUCCUUCCUGCCCAGGUGACCCUCACUCUGCCCGCCCUGAGGCUCAGCUACUCCACAGACCUGCUGCCGCUGCUCAGCGACCUCAAUCUCUCUGAUUGGCUGGCGGACACAGAACUGGAGAAAAUCUCGGCUCAGCCCGUCAAGCUCAGCAGUGUCAGUCACAAGGUCGUCAUGGAGAUGGCGCCCGAGGGGAACCAGUACGCUAGCACCACAUCGACGCCGAGCCACCUGUCCUACCGAGUGGACCGCCCCUUCCUGUACCUGAUCCGAGACGAAGCCUCGGGUGCGCUGCUCUUCAUCGGCAGGGUGGUUAACCCCAAGGAGCUGACGAUAUAACACACACACACCUACAUACACACACACACGCACACACACACACAUAGACAGAGGUUUACUUAUGUCAC